CUUCGAUCGAAGCAUCUACAUCCAAAGAAAGGAUUCGAACUCGAUGACCUCAACCACAUCUGCUUCUCCCUAUCUUCGAUCGAAGCAUCUGCAUCCAAAGAAUCAACAUGUGAAGGGAGAGGGAGAGGGAGAGGAACAGAAGGAGAGGACCAGAAGGUUCGAUGCUCCUCUCUCUGGGAAGACACAUGAUUCUAGCCUGUUUGGUAACGAGAAUAGACACUUUUUAUGGGAAUAGCUGAGCGCUGGGGUGUUUGGGUCUUAUUCCGAGAACCGACAAAUAAACACAUUCUAUAACA